CAUCACCGCGCCAUUCAUCCCAGAGCUGCCAGCCAAGUGCGGGGUGCAUAACACGUUCCAGACUUUGGCUGUGGUUCAAUUCAUCCAAUUGACUCCAAACACCACCCUCCUUUUCCCGGCAAUACAUCCGCUUUCCCCUCUUACAGACGCCAGUGCCUCCCUACCUGCUUCAUCUCUACUGUAUUCACGCUAUUGUUGCAUUAUCGACCCCGUUCAGUUCAAGUUGCGGCACCCCUCAGGAAUAACCACGCUUUCUGCCUGCAUAGGACCGAAUCACACGACUGACUGCAUCGCUGCUGUGCCUGCCACUGCUUCAAUUGCUGCUGCUGCCGCUGCCACAUCUGUCUCUGCUUCACUCCGACCGUUGGCUGCCCGACUUAAUCGAUUCACACCACCCCCCAUCAACGUUUUCGCCAAUAACAGUCUUUCAACAAAUUAUUUUGACCUCUUGUGAUACGCCGCUCGAGAAUUCAGGAUUUGUUGCAAUCGACGUACCUCUAGUUCCAAGGCUCCGUUUUCGGCCUGCCUUGUAGAUCAGGCCUGCAUCCGAUAACUUCUUCAAUUUGACUGGAUACAAUUAUUACCUUGCUUCACUACUCACCAUCACGACUUGCAAACAUGCUCUCUCGCCGUGUCCUUCGGGACGCAACUACCCCGCUCCGCAGCGCCUCGCGGUGCUUUGCAACCACGGCAGUGGCUAGGCAACAGCCGAAGCAGAGAGCUCCCUCCCUCGCCGAUAUCGAACCCAAAAGGCAGGCAACCUUUGCGGAGAAGCAGAAGGCGUUUCGGCAGCAGUUAGCAGAGGCGCAGAAGCAGCGCGAUGCCAGUUUGUCCACUUCCUCCCCUACCUCUACUUCCCCUUCCUCUUCCCACAGCAGCUCCGAAGCCGAAAGCAUCCCAGGGAGCGGACAGGGCUUGGGCUCACUUAGCACCGCCACCUCUAAAGGAACGGCCGUCGAUGCUGCCAAGGCCGCGGAUCCGGAAGAGCCUCCGCGUAAGCUUGGCCCGUUGACCAGCCUAAUCUACGGAACAAAGGAGGGUCGCGAGAUGGAUGCACAGAUCGAGGCCAGCUUCAGCCAGGUCCUUGCACGUGGCAAGUACGUGCAUUCUAUAGUGUUCCACGAGGUUAAGCACAGCAAGACGGACGAGUAUAUCGAUCUCGUUGGCAAGUGGUACCCUCGCAUGGCUUCUAAGCCUGAGAAUAAGGUUCAUCUUGUUGGAAGCUGGAGGACCGAGGUUGGAGACUGCAAUACUUUUGUUCACAUAUGGGAGUAUCAGGGCUACAACGGAUACCACGAAUCACUCAACUCGAUUUCAAGGCACCCAGAGUUCCCGGCUUUUAAUGAUAAGCUCAAGAGCCUCAUCGUAUCCAAGAACACAUCACUUAUGCAGGAAUUCUCCUUCUGGCCUACAACCCCUCCGCGACAGCUGGGUGGGCUUUUCGAGCUGCGAUCAUACACGUUGCACCCAGGCAACCUCCUUGAGUGGGAGACACACUGGCGUAGGGGAUUGAAGGCACGCCGUGAGGUCAUGGAGGGCGUGGGAGCCUGGUUUGUCCAGAUUGGAGACCUCAACACGGUUCACCACCUCUGGCAGUUUGCCGACCUUGAGCAACGCAAGGUCACGCGUGAGAAGAGCUGGGGCAUUGAGGGUUGGAGCGAGACGGUGCACAAGACGGUGCCGCUCAUCCAGACUAUGAAGUCUAGGAUUCUGGUACCACUGCCGUGGUCUCCAGUUGCUUGAGGCGUCUCACACUUGACCGAGCUGCUCAUAUUCUAACCAUAGAUCAUUUGGGUCUUUGGGCUCAGCAUACCUGUACACUGCGAUUGCGUUGCAUGGUGCAUUUUCUUUGUGUCUAGGGGUUUCUCUUUUGUCGUUAUUAGGCUCAUUACCGUUGUGUUUGUUUGAAUCAGCUGUGCGGAUAUUAGUACAUUUAGAUUCGGCGCAAUAACAAAAGGAUAUCCAGCUCAUUUCUGUCAAGGCAACCUAAGCAUAGUCAAAUGAUCAAUUGACGUCUCAUUCAGUCUUCCAGCUCCUCUCCCAUGACAGCGGCGAGAUUACGUCUAGCCAUAGUCAAAGUAUGGCUCAAGGCACCUAGCUUGGCAGACAAAGACAUCAAGCUCGGGUCUGCGCUCUCGACCCGUAUUUUCUCCCUCACGUAGACUUGCAACGCGUCACCAUCCUUUUCUCUGCCGCCCGCAGCCCCGCCAGGAUUCCUGCUGCUGCUCCGCCUGGUGCUAUCCCUCGUUCCCGACAGCACGGGAGCCCCGCUCUGACUGGGUGGCCUCUUGGCGCUCAGCGUGGGCGAGGUCCUCGGCCCGUGUCGGCGGUGUUCCUCCUCAUCACCGCCACCCGCAGGCUUCCCGUCCAGGCCGGCGCAGCAGUAGCCAAAUAUGACGUCGCUCUCGUCGUGCUCGAGUCGGCGGGCCGUGCCGAUGGCUAGGGCGAACUUCAUGCCGAACGACGGCGUCGUGUCGGCCGGCUCCAGCGUCCGCACCCACAGCACCAGCGCCGACUCCUGAAGCGAAAAGUAUAUGGAUAUGUUGUGCAGCGGGUUCCCGGCCGAGGCGUCGGGCUGCUGCUGUGGCGCGGAGAGGAAGCUGUUGAGGUUGGUGGCCGGUGGUGGUGGCGCGGGUGGCGCGAGGAAGUGCCCCGGUGCGGCGGACAGCGUCGUCCACCCCGGGUCCGUGUCCG